AUGGAAACCUCAGAACAAACUUCUCCUCCUCGACCUCCUCCGGGAGAGUCGGAGGAGCCUCUGACUCUUGAGGUGAGAGGCUUCUUGGAAGUGUUUGGCGUACGGAGCCGACAGGGCUCUGAUGUAGCUCCUCGCCGCAGUUUAUCUCGAGGCAGUUCCAUAGGUAAGGCAGUUGGGGCCCCAAAGGCGGCUUCUGAGGGCUCCACAGCUGCAAAGGCAGCAGCAGUGCGGAAAGCAGUGGGAGCCCCUGGGGAGGCUGUGGGGCCCCAGCAAGAGCAGCAGGGUGCCCCUGGGGCUCCCGCUGUGCAGGCGAAGGCUCGCAUGGUAAAGAAAGCAGCACCAGUAGCAGCCCCCAAGGCAGCUAAGGCAGAAGCCAGCUCCACGGCUGUACGCCUGAGCAGUGCAGAUGCACGCAAUAAAGAAGGAGAAACAGAAACAAAAGAUAAACCUAAGGGCCUCCCCCACCGCCUCUUAUCCAAGGCAGCUGCCGCUCCUAAAGCUAAAGAGGGUGCAGCUGAAACAGCAGCAGCAGCAGCAGAUAAAACCCGUCCUGCAGCAACAGAAGCAGCAACAGCAGCUAAAGCCCCUCCUGCUGCAGCAAAAGCUGCAACAGAAGCAGCAACAGCAGCAGAUGCACCAAAGGAGGCUCCUGCCGCUAAAGCUGCUGCAGGGCUGCCUCCAGUUAAGAAGGUCUUAACAAAGAAAGCAGCACCACAGGCAAAAGCUGCAGAAGCUGCGGAGGCCCCUCAGACUGCAACGCCACAAGUCCCUUCAAAGAAAACAAUUGUUAAGAAGGCAGCACCGGCUACUAUGAUACGAAGAGGCAGCUCUGGAACUGCAGCAGGUGCAGCAGAUGCAGCAGCAGCAACAGCAAAAGCACCUUCUGCAGCAGAAGCAGCAGCAGCACCAAAGGCAACAAGUGAAGCAGCAAAAACUACAGCAGCAACACCUGGAGUAGAAAGUAAACCAGCAGCAAAAGAAGAAAAACCUGCAGCAGACGCAGCUGAGAAGCGACCUAAGGCAAAAGCAGCACCUCCAGCAGCAGCAGCAAAAACUGAAGACAAGAAGCCUACAGCAAAAGAGGCAGAUAAGAAGCCGGCAACAGAAGCAGCAGACGCUGCCGAUAAGAAACCUAGCACAGAAGCAAAAGGAGAGAAACCUGCAGCAGCAGCAGGAGAUAAACCUGCAGCAGCAGCGGCAGAAGAGAAGCCUGCAACAGAAGCGAAGGCAGCAGAAAAAGAUUCUGCAGCAGAUGCAGCAGCAAAGGAACCUGCAGCAGAAGCAGCAGAAGUGAAGCCUGCAGCAGAAGCACAAAAGGAGAAAGGUGCAGCAGCAUCAACAGAAGCAGCAGGAGCAGCAGCUGCUGCUGCAAAGGUAGAAAAGGAGAAGAAAGAAGACAAAGACAAACCAACAGAAACCAAAGAGACUAGCCUUAAGCAUUCAGAAGUUGCAGAUGCAGAAGCCGCUACAAAAGAAGCAGCAGAAGGGGCCCCCCAGAAGCUGACGUCUUUAGAGCUCGCAAUGAAGGCAGCAGAAGCACAAAUUAGACAAGAAGCAGCAGCAGGGGCCCCUACUGGGGCUGCUGCAGCAGCAAAGAAAGCUGUUGCGAAGAAAGCUGUGGGGCUUGCAGGUAAAGCAGCAGCAGCUGCUGCAACAGCUAAGACAGCAGCAACAGCAGCAAAAGCACAAACACCAGCAGCAGCAAAGAAGGCUGAGGAAAAGAAAGAGAUGAACGGAGGAGCUGCAGCAACAACGGCAAAGACACCGCAAGAAGGGGGACAGAAGAAAGCAGCAGAAGCAUCAGCAGCAGCAACAUCAACAUCUGACGCUCUUAAGAAGGCAGCAGCAACUCAGGUAAAGGUUCCUUUGAAGAAGGCAGCCCCAACUCCACCUGCAGCAAAGGCAGCAACCGCAGCAGCAGCAGCGGCGAAGACGGCAACAGCAGCAGGAACAGGAGCAGCCAAAGCAGCAGAGGCAGCACAAGCGAAAACACCUUCAGCAGGAGCAGCAAAAGCAACGCCAGCUUCAGAAGCAAAUGGAGUAGCAGUAAAAACAGCAGCAGAAGGUUCUGAAGCAGCAAAAGAGACAGCAGCACCCAAGCAGACGUUAGUCGUAAAAGCUGCCCCCAAAGCAGCGGCAAAGGUAGCAGCAAAAGCAGCAGCGACACCAGCAGCAAAGGCAGCUGCAUCAAAGACAGCAGCAGCAAAGACAGCAGCAGCAAAGACAGCAGCAACAGAGAAGGCAGAGGCUGAAGACCGCACGAAGGUAAAGGAGGCCCCCAAGGCAGGUGCUGCAGCAGAUAAGCCGUCGGUGCAGCAGCAGACAGCAGCAAAAGAAGACAAAGCAGCAGCAAAAGAAGACAAAGGAGCAGCAAAAGAAGACAAAGGAGCAGCAAAAGGAGAACGUGGGCCCUCAGAACAGAAAGACAAAGAGGGAGCAGCUGCAGCAGCAGGAGAACGGAAGCAAGCAGCAGCAGCAGCAAAGACAACAGCAGCAAAGACAGCAGCAUCAAAGACAGCAGCCACAAAGACGCCCACAAAAGCAGCAGUGAAGGCAGCAUCUAAAAGCGCAGCAGCAGCAAAACCAGCAGCAGCAGCAGCAGCAGCAGCAAAUGGCGACGAGGUCCCCUCAAGCCCUCCACCUUCGCAGCCAACGAAAACCAAAGCUGCUUCGUCUUCUGUCUCCUCAAAGGGUGCUGCUGCUGCUGCAGCAAAGGGCCUCGAAGGUGAAGCUCAUGCUGCUGAUGGCGAGCGCAAGGGGUCUCCCUCACCUGCUGCAGAAGGGGGCCCCUUGAAGGCAGCAAAAGCUGCAGCAGCAGAAGUAGAAAACGGAGCAGCAGCAAGCUUAGGAAGCAAGAAGGAAGCGAACGAUAAUAUUUCUUCUGUCUCCUCUGAAGGCCUUUCAGCUGAGGCAGAAGAGCAGCAAAACAGCAGCACCACUAGACAGCGCCCUGCUGCUGUUCCCCGUCUAACUCACCUUCCUUCAAAAGAUAAGGACGGGAAGCUGCUGCUGCUGCUGCCUAAAGCUGAAGGCCCUGAGGGCCCCUCCAGCAGCGGCGCAGCAGAUGAAGAGACAGAAGGAGGACAGCAAAAUAAAAAGAGUAAAGGUGCUGCUGCAAAGACUAAGGUGGAAGACAAAGCAAAGAAGACAGCAGCUGGGGGGGCGCCUUUAAAAGAGAAGAAGAAACUGCAGCAGAAAAAAGAAGCAGCAGAUACGGGAGCAAAGGGGACAGAGAAAAAAGCAAAAACAGCACUUAAAGAUAAAACAACAAAAAAAUCAGCAGCCCUCAGCAGCAAAAGCCAAACAUCCACUAGCGGAGAGGGGAGGCUCUUGGGUUCUCUCUUUUCUCUGAAGAACGCCGACAGCAAAAGGGGGCUGGAGGCAAUCUUAGGAGCAGCAUCACCAGAUGCAGCAGCAGCAGCAGGAGAUGCAGCAAAAGCAGCAGCACCAGCAGCAGCAACCAGCAAACAGAACUCUGCAGAAAGUGUGCAGCAGUUGAAGGAAUCGAAGGAACAGCCCGAGGGCGCUGCAGCUGCAGAUGCAGCACCACCUGCAGCAGCAGCAGCAGCAGCAGCAGCAGCAGGCAAAGAGAAACAGCAGUCUGAGCUUCAGCUGAAGACUGCUGCAUCAAUGGGGGAGGGCCGCUCUCUUUCUCGCCAGACGUCUGCAACAAAAGCUGUGGGGUCAAAGAAGGGAGAGAAGGCAGCAGAAAAAGAAACUGCUGCUGCUCCUGCAGCAGCAGCAGCAGCAGCAGCAGCAGCACCUACUAUUCCUUUGGCAGAGCGCUUUGCUGCCCUGCAGCAGCGGCCAGUCAAAGAAGAAGAAGCAAAGAAAAUUAAAGAGCCCUCCAGGGAGCCCUCAAGGGCUUCCUCUGGGAUCCGAUCCCCACCUGCUACUACAAAGAAACAACUUUCCACAGAGUUGCUGAAGCAGCUUUCAUCUGCUUCCGUUGGGCUGCCGUCCUCUGCAGCGCCGCAGGAGGCCCCUGGGGGCCCCUCAGGGGCCCCGGUUGCCCCUGACGGUUCGUUGCUGCUGCAGACAAAAAGCAUAUCACCUUCUUUACUAGAAGAAAGACUUGCAGACCCUAAAGUUAAGCAGAGAUACAUGCAGCAUGCGGCCUUCAUGCUGCAGCGGGGCGUGGCGUGGGGCGUUCCUGAGCGAGCUUCUGCUGCAGGUACACCUGAAGGAGCAGCAGCAGCAGCACAGCGAAGGCGUGUAUGCUGCGGCAGCAGCGAUUUGAACGCGCUGGGGCUCUUCGCAAGAUGCUACGGCUUCUCUUGCUGCACUCCUCCUUCUCCUCAGGAUUCCCUCAGUAACGAGCUGCUUACUCACUCCGCCACACAGCAAAUGCCCAGCAGCGAAGCAGCGGCUGCUGAGGGUAUAGAGCCCCUACCUAGCGGCCCGGCAGCUGUUGCUGCUGGAGAUUCAGCAGAUGAGCAUGCAGCAGCAGCAGCAGCAGCAGCAGGAGAAGCAGCAGCAGAAGGGUACUGGGAUGAGUACGGCAAUUGGAUCCCCACAGGAUCGUUUGCAGGUGGGUCCUUUGCAGCAGGAGAGGGCGGCCCAGCAGGAGGAGAUGCAGCAGCAGCAGCAGAUGCAGCAGCAGCAGGGGAUGCAGCAGCAGGGUACUGGGAUGAACAAGGAAACUGGGUCCCUACACCAACAGCAGCAGCAGCAGCAGGAUAUUAUGAUGAACAAGGCAACUGGAUAUACACCGGAGACUACUACAACCAGCAGGGCAGUUGGGCGCCGCAGCAAAGUGAAUACGAACAGCAGCAGCAACUGCAGCAGCAGCAGCCGCAGCAGCAGUGGGGAGAUGGCUACGGAGGCUAUUACGACCAGGGGGGGGCCGAGCAGCUGACACCAGAGCAGCAGCAGCAGCAGCUGGAACAGCAGCAGCAACAAUACGCAGCAAACGGGUACUGGGAUGAACAAGGCAACUGGCAGCAGCUAACGGAGCAGCAGCAGCAGCAGCUGCAGCCUCUGCAGAGUGGCUUCCAGGGCAACGGGUACUUCGAUGAGGCUGGGCAGUGGACUGCGUACGAUCAGCAGCAGCAGCUGCUGCAGCAGCAGCAGUAG